AUGCCAUAUGCUGCUAAAUUAGCUACUUAUAACUAUGAAAAACAAAAUAAGAAAGAACAAAGAACUUCGAAAAAGGUCCAACAACCAACUUAUGGAUAUCAACCUCCAGAUGAAGUUUUACAAAAUCAAGAUGAACCUCAAGCUAAAUCUAGUGGGAUCAAAAAGAUAACUAUUGAUGAUAUUCCUAUCAAAAUGAGAGUUAAUCACCCAACUUUGAAGAGAAGAUCAGAAAAAUUAGAUACUGAUAGAAACCCUAAUAAUUAUGAUUAUGAUUUAGAUGAUCUAAUAAAUGAAAGAGACGAACCAGAGAUUGAACAACCACAAAAACCUUUCAGUAAAGAAAUCGUUUAG